CAACGUCCUAGUUAGCGUUGUUGUAGCCGGCAACCGUCAAAUUUAUAGACAUACCAAAAUUGUUGCACAUUUUCUACAAAUAUUUCAUCAAAUUAUGCUCUAUGUAAACAUCUCUUAGAAUUGUUUAUUAAGAAAAGACCCUUUUGCAAUGGCAGGCACCGACGUAGCAGCCCUGGCUGCUGAUCUGGCACGUGCAGUGGAGCUAACAAUGAGCCCCAAUGCUUCGCAGGCUGAUCGGUUAAAAGCUUAUCAAGCCUGUGAAAGCUUUAAGGAAACAUCGCCACUAUGUGCAGAAGCAGGGCUCUUUUUGGCAGCUAAUACACAAAACACUUUGAUUUCAAGGCAUUUUGGCUUGCAGUUGAUGGAACACACUGUGAAAUAUAGGUGGACCCAGAUCAGUCAACCUGAAAAGAUAUUUAUUAAAGAAAAUGCCAUGAAACUUCUUGCAGCUGGUGGUAUAAGUGAAGAGCCCCAUAUGAAAGAUGCCCUAAGCAGAGUCAUUGUUGAAAUGGUGAAAAGAGAGUGGCCUCAACAGUGGCCUAGUCUUUUAAAUGAACUGUCAGAUGCAUGUGCUUGUGGGGAAACUCAGACUGAACUGGUGCUACUAGUUUUCUUGAGAUUAGUGGAAGAUGUAGCCCUAUUACAGACUCUAGAAUCAAAUCAAAGAAGAAAGGAUAUCUAUCAUGCCUUAACAUCUAAUAUGGCAAUAAUUUUUGAGUUUUUCUUAAGGCUGAUUGAACUUCAUGUCAGUCAAUUGAGGGCUUGUGUAGAGGCAAAUGGGCCAAAGGCAGCAGCCCACACCAGGGUGGUACAAGUUGUUUUACUUACUUUAACUGGAUUUGUUGAAUGGGUUUCAAUGACUCACAUCAUAGCUCAAAAUGGGAGGCUUUUGCAAAUAUUGUGUCUGUUAUUGAAUGAUGUCGCUUUCCAAUAUUCAGCAGCUGAGUGUCUGUCCCAAAUAGUCAACAGAAAGGGCAAAGUUGAAGAAAGGAAACCUUUGUUGAUGCUUUUUAACACAGAAGCUCUGCAGUGCAUCUCAAAUGUGGCAAAAAAUCCUGGCAGUGUAGCAGAUGAACAGUUUUAUUUGUUUAAAAAGAAACUUAUACAGGUUUUAGGUGGUUUAACAACACAAAUGUGCACGUUAUGGUCAAAAGAUCCGGCGAAUCGGCCCGUGAACUUUGGCCUAUUUUUAGAAGCACUUUUGGCAUAUAGUGCCCAUCCUAGUUUGGUUCUAGCUCACCUGGCUAACCCUCUCUGGAAUACUAUGCUUAAACAUGAACACAUUUCCAAAGAUCCAAUUUUCUUAUCAAUCAUUCCUCAAUGGGUGCAGUGUACGGCACCAAAAAUAAUUAAAUUUAACUAUCCUGUGGGUAAAAGUCCGACAGGGAAUGUACCAGGUGAAACUUUGGCGUACGCCAAGAUUGAUUUUGAUAGUGAAGAAGAAUAUUCUGCUUAUUUCUAUAGAUGCAGGUCUGAUGUAUUGGACUCUUUUAGGCAGGCCACGAUAGUGGCCCCUUUAAUAACCUUUAACUAUGUAGAGCAGUGGCUACACAAAUGUCUCUCAGUGCCCAAUAGAAACUACGGCCUAAGUCAGUCAGAUCCAUUUUUCCAAGAAUGGGAGGCUUUGGCCAUGUUUUUGGAGAGCGUUUUAAGCAGGGUCUUGCAAGCACCAGAAAGACCUCCAGUAACGUCUGGAUUGAGACUAUUGCAAUUGUGUUUGACCUAUCAACCAGUCGAUCCUUUGAUUAUAUCUACUCUAUUGUCUUGUAUUUCCUCUUUAUUUGUAUUUUUAAGUAUGUCCACAGGCCAGAUGGCGCCAGCAGUCAACUCUGUGGCUGCUUCUGGUGCUGCACUCCUACCUCAAGUGUUGGAGAAAAUAUUUUCUACCCUGGUUUAUGUUCCUGAAGGGCAAAAAGAUCUUGUCCGUUCUAAGCAAAUGAAAAAUGUCAGAAGGCAUGCCGCUGCUCUUGUUGUUAAAAUCGGUAACAAAUACCCGUUGUUAUUGCUACCAGUCUUCGAUCUAAAAGCUACAGUCGACAGUCUAUCACGCGAAGACAGUCCAGCACGCCUAUCUAAUUUAGAAAAAGUGACCCUUAUGGAAGCGCUGUUAUUAAUAUCAAAUCAUUUCGGAGAUUACGAACGUCAAAGUAACUUUGUAACGGAAGUACUUCGAGAAGCGAACACUCAAUUUCUAGCUAUUGUAAAUUCAGGGUCUCUUAAAGGGGCACGGGAGUUUAUGGCAUUUAUCGGUCUUGACAAGCCGCCAGUACCUGAAAACACUACUGACAUUUGCAGUCAAAAUAGAAGCAGUUUAGUUUAUUGUGUGAAUAUGGUACUUGGUGCUAUUAAACGAUGUUCUUGGCCUGAUGAUCCUGAAAGAGCCACUAGAGGAGGUUUCGUAGUUUCACUCACAGAAUCCGGAAACCCAGUCUGUCGGAACCCCGCAGCUCCCCACGUGGUACCACUCCUACCUCACAUACUCUCCCUGAUCAAGAUUUUUAACGAACUGUUUACUCCUGAAAUUCAGAAUUUAAUCAACACAGGCUACAAAGGUUGCUUGGGGAUGCCCGAAUCUGAGAAGACAGUUUUGUUGGGAAAUACUGGUCAUCUAACCGACGAUCAAGUGGUAGUCUUCAGUCCCAUGGAAGGGAUGCAAAAGUUCCUAACGGGCCUCCAUGAGAGCUGUUAUCAUUUGGUCGGCUCUAUGGGUCCCUCUCUCGGAAGAGAUUUGUACAAUAUUCCCGACUUAGCUUUAGCUAUUAUUAAUAGUAUAUUAUCUUCUUUACAUUAUAUACCAGACCAUAGACUGAGACCGAUUGUAAGGGUAUUUUUGAAGUCGUUUAUAUACUCUUGCCCGGCCCCAUAUUAUGAGAUUGUAGUUUUACCUGUAAUGGCUCAUAUCACUCCAAUAUAUCGAAAUAGGCUCCAUGGCAAUUGGCAGAAGGUUAUCGAAUUUCGAAAUCGCGAUACUCCAGAUGAAGAUAACGCAGACACUCAAGAGGUAUUGGACGAUAUCCUAACUCGCGCAAUUACAAGAGAAUAUCUAGAUUUACUAAAGGUGGCAUUAGUAGGCGGCAGUCUUACCCCAGAGUCCAGUUCGGAAACGAUGGAAACUGAAGAGCUAAGCAGCUCGCCCACUCCGCCUUCAACUAGAAUCAAUUUAACUGCCGAAGUCAUAUCUGAUUUAGGUUUGAUUUUGUUACGUAGUGAAAAGACAUGUCAACCAAUAGUCCUGACUGUCUUAGGUGCUCUGAGCUGGAUUGAUAGUAACGCAUCUUUAAAAGCAAGCCAGCUUACGGGACCUAUCGUGCGACAGUUGACAAUAGAUGCCUCCCUAAAUGGCGAAAUGGCAACGCAUAUUAUGGCAGCCGUGUUGAACGCCUUAAUAUUACAUGGGCAGCAUGAAAGUAACCAAGGAACCUUAUUGACCUUGGGAGCCCAAAUUUAUGAAAUGUUAAGGCCCUCAUUUGUCGAGGUUUUAGCGGUUAUGCAACAGAUACCUGGAGUAAACCCCGUGGAUCUUCAAAAACUAGACGAACGAAUUUCUGGAAGCACUAGCAAGGGGAACAAAGUAGAAAAGGUUAAGAAGGAUCUAUUUAAGAAGUUAACAGGAAAUCUGAUCGGGAAGAGCAUGGGACAACUAUUUAAAAAAGAAGUAAAAAUAAAUAAUCUACCCCAACUUGCCAUACCCAAAAAGGAACAGAGAGACAUCAUACCCGAUUUACGUAAUAUUUACGGUAGUUAGUAGAAAUAUUAUCUAUUUUCUACGAAAAUAGCCCUUAUUUUGUUAUUUAAAUUAUUUUAUGAAAAUUCUUGUAUUUGCGGCAUCUCAAACAUAUUCUGCAUCAUAAAUUAGUAUGUAAAAUCACUUCUACUAGUAUUGCUGAAUAUAUUUGAGAACUGCCAUAAAUUUUUUGUUAUGCUUUAUUUAACAUUCCUACCGAAUGCACUUUAUAAAAAUAGGACUGGAAAGGACUUAACUUUUUCUUAAAUAUCAGAAAUCCAGUGUUGCUUUUAUUUUGAUAAAAGUUGUGAAAUUGUAUUUGUUGCUUGUUAAAAUCCGGUAUAGAAAAAAGAAAUUAUUGUGUUUUUUUA